AGACUUUCUUUCGACGAGGCUGCGUUAACUUUGUCCAUACAAGUGAUUAGGUGUUAAAGAACGAAGAGAGCUCCUUACGAGCGCCAACAAACAGAACACGAACAGACCAUAACGCUUCAACAUGGCGUUCGUGGAGUUUGAAAUCACCGAUUUGGUUGAACAGUUCAUGGCCGUAACAGGCGCUGAAGAUACUGUAGCAAUGCUCUUUCUACAGCAGUCAGGUUGGAAUGUGCAGGUAUUUAUUUCACUUUAAACUACCUUUUUAUAGAUGUGGAUGAACGCUUUUCAUUGUUCGUACUUCGAGUGUGGAGUGAGGAGGGGAAUUAGGACCAGGCUUCUGCUUCGUUCAAGCUUUAUGAAAGCAACGGUGAAAUCAUGUGUUAUAGACCUCUUUCAUAAUGGCGGCUUAUUUAUAUAUUCUUUCUUAUCUCGUUUGCAAGUAAAAUUGUUUUGUAUUUUGCACAUACCAACGAGGUCAGAAAGGCUAAUUAUUAUUCAUAAAAAAGAAUAUAUUCUUAGGCUGCCAUUAUGAAAGAGGUCUAUUAACCAGUGGCUGUGUUAAGCCACAGGGUAGGGGAACUAGGCAUACCCGGGGGAUUUGACAUUUUAGGCCAUCUUCAUGCCACAUUCUUUACCCAGGGGGAAUAGACUGAUGUCAAAUACCCUUUCCCUGGGGUACAUUUUGUUUGAUUUAAGAUGAUAUAAAUUAUGAUGCAUUAUUUCCUUGUCACUCCCACAGUCUUUAUUUUUUGUCUAGUUAUGUCCAACACUUUGUACAGAGCCAUUUCUCCCAAAAUCAAGAACCUUUUAACGCUGUUUAGUCAAUGAAUGAGUAACAAAGAUAUGUGGGCAUAAGGAACUCCAGAAACAGCAAUCCCAAGGAACUCUGGGUAAUGUUUCAGACUAGGUUCCAGGCUCUUGCAAGAUCUUUCCAAACUCCCCCAUCCUUGGGAUGUUGUGUUACAUCAAAUCUUUUAUUAUCCCUACCCAUAGGAGAGGAAAUACAGUCAAAUGCCCCAGGGAUGCCUGGCCCCACUACCCUGGGGCUUAACAUUGACUGGUGCAUUAAACUAACCUGACGUCAGUUCACUCAGUUUCCUAACCCUAAUAACCAAACCUGAGCGCCAUUCCACAUUCGGCAAAAUACCCCUGCCGCACUCGACCGAUAUUUGGGUAUAGGUGAGCCACAGCGGGCAGUAGGGGUAUUUAGCCUCUAGAAGAAAAGCAACGGUAGGUUUCACUGCAUUUGUGGUAGCCUCCCAUGCAGAUGUUCUCUCUAGGGUUAUGAAAGUUCAUCGUAUACUCUGAGCAGCGUAGAACAUUCAGUGCACAAACAGACCACACCAUGCUUCAAGUGAUCACUUACUAGAGGUUAAAAUCAGUUGGGAACUAUAAAACAUCUGGCGAAAAAGUGGCUGGGGAUGCUUAUGGGUGAGAGGUGGUCUUUUAUGAUAGGUGUUAAUAAAAAUUAUAGGGCUUUGACCGGGAAAAUUUUGGUGUUUUGCAUGGGUGUGGAUUAGAAAAAUAUACAUAUUUGAUUUGCAAAUGGACAAGGAUUUCAACAUGUGCCUAUUAACCUGUAUGUCCUUACAAGAAACUGCUUUACAGGAAUGUACUUUUUUUUCAGUCAGCGGUAAAUAUUUUUCUUGAUCAAGCAAAUUGUGGUAGCAGUGAAGGAAACAGGGAUAAUCCAAUAAUGGUAAGUAUUUUUGACAGGGGAAUUCCUUUGACUGGGCAAUUUUCUCAAAACAUCAUUAAGCAACUUGAGAGUUAGGGGUGACAUUCAUUGCACCUGUUUAGGGAAUUAUGGAUUUCACUAAUUUAUUAGUUGGAAUUUCAAAACCUUUUGUUUGAAAUUUUGAGGAGGACUUAAAAGCAAUGUUUCUGCCUCUGGUUCUUCAUUUAAACGUUUCAAUUUUGAAGUUUUCUCUGGUCAGUUCUUUACUUUUGCAGUUUUAAUCCAACUUACUGUCCCAUUUGUUUGUACUUUGCCUAUCUUAUGUCCGUGUUUCAAAUCCAUGUUCUAUCUGACAGAGCCUUGUUAAUUUUCCAGUUUUUCCAAAUGCUUCCAAAUUAAUAUCUUUGCUAUAUUUAUGCCAUUUUUAGGUGUCUGAAGAUGAUGUAUCAGCUUUAUCCACGGGUUCAUCAAACAAGUAAGUUGAUAUUCUUGUAGGUACCCAUAAUAAAUUAUUAUUAUGAGCUUAGGAGGUGUACUCCAGUUCACUAACUGCAGGGUUUUCAUUUUGGUCCGGUGGUCCUCUGUUGCUUGAGUGCUGACAAAACUCAGGUUUUGGUGACUGCUUAUUUUUAUUUUACAAUUCACACAUGGAUAUAACACCCUUAUCUUCACUUCCACCUAGGUUUUCAGAUUCAACUAGCACAGAUUCUCAAAGCUCCUCUAGAUUCUCUUCUACAUCUCUGGUUUUAACAUGCUCAAGUGCUAAGAAACAAUUCUAAACUUUGCAUCCUGGUUUUUAACUUAGCCCUAUGGGAAUCAAACAGGAAACUGAGUAAAUCUCUUAACAAGUUCUCAUAACCUAAAAUGUGAUAUGCAUAAUGUGAUAUGAUUUUCUAAAUGUUUCAAUAUCAUUACCACAAAGCCUUGUUUGAAAAGACAUUUUGAAUAAAAGAUGUGGUCCCAGUGGAGCCUGGGCAGCAAUACCCUCCAAGCCAACCCAAGUUUUAUUCCCCCCCACAACCCCCCCUCAACACAUUACACAAUUGUUUGAAAGACAGAUGCCGGGGUCGAGGUGACUCUAAGUUUUCAUUAUGUGGGUGAAUUCUCACAUUGUGACCACUCAUGGCAUAUGACUACUUUCAAUCUAAACUUGAAUUCUCAGCUUGCUCAACCUGGGUUUUGAACAGUCAUAAAUUUACCAAGGGGUUUACAUUUUGAUUUUCUCCACAGAGAACAAAAAGAUGAACAGAGUAACCCAAACUUGACUGUUUUGUCAUGGAAUGUUGAUGGUCUGGAUGAAAGAAAUAUUCUGGAAAGAACAAGAAAUGUUUGCCAUAUAAUCAACAACAGAAAACCUGAUGCAGUGUUCUUACAAGAGGUGAUCACACAGACUUUAGCCAUUUACCAGUCAAAAUGUCCAGGGUAGGUGGAUAACCUUCCAGUCCUUCAUGUAAUCCCUCACUUUAUACAAAAGUGUAUAUGUUGUAGUUAAGACGGAAUCCAUUAGGAAACUGAGCAAUUUUAAUUUUCAGUGGACAAAAACCUUGUACCAGAAUAUUUUAAGCCAUAUCGCAUUUUUAUUUACACUUUUUAAGGGCUAUAGAUGUAAUUAGUUAUCUGUAAUAACACCAGAGACAAUUUCUUACAGGAGCCCAAGAAAAUAAAUUUCAAAUUUCACAGGAAUUGAGAAAACACGGGUAAAAUGAUCUAAAAUCGUCAUGAGCAAGAUUUCAUUGUGUGAGAAUUUGAAGGUUUUGAAGUUUGUUUUCUCAGGCUCCAAUGAGAACCUUUUCUUCCGAGUUAUUUCAUACAACUUAUUACAUUUAUAGCCCUUGAAAAGUGUGAAAAAGAAUGCAAUAUGCUUGAAAUUAUUCUGGUACAAGGUUUUUGUUCAUUGAAAAUUAAAAUUACUCAAUUUCCUAAAGAAUUUUGUCUCAAAUUCAUUAGCAUACAUUACCAUACCCAAAAACAAAAAAUUAACUACAACAUAUACAUGUAAAUCCUCUUCCUUCACUGAACAAACAGUCCUGAAAAUAUAGAAGAAGUGCAUGUGAAAGAAUACUCAUGCUCACAUGAUGCCCUUGAGGCACAUUUCUCUAAACUCCUGGUAACUUUUCAGGUCUGAAAAGCUCUUUUAUGUUUGUUGUGUUUGCGUUCAAGAUCAAAGUUUCAAUAAUUUUGAAAAGGGUUGUCACUAAGAUUUCAAGUUGCCAGAAACUGUUAAAUGUUAAUGGAGGGACCAGUCUCUUAAAUGGUUUGUGAAACCCUGAGUGAUACAAUAAACUGAAAAUGGCGCAAAAUUGCCUCUGCUACUGUUCAACAGGCCUUUUUAAAGGUUAAAUUUUAAAGUUUUCUUUAGGUGCUGAAAAGUUGCUGGGCCUUUCAAGAAACAGGCCUGUGGGAGUGGUGCCUGGUUUAAAUAACAACUUUCUGUUAAUCUUUUCAUUUUAAGGUACUUGUGUACAUGUGGACCAACACAUGGAGCAUAUUUCAACAUAAUGCUGCUAAAGAACUCUUCUGUCAAACCAACAAGUAACCAUCAGUGCACACAUUUCUCGUCAAGUCAAAUGGGUCGCCACUUGCUUUGUCAACCCGCAAUAUUUAGGGACAAAACUGAAAUAAUUCUAAUGACUUCACAUCUUGAGAGUACAGUGAAGUGUAAAGAUGAACGCAAAAGACAGCUCGCGCAAGUCUUGGGGUGCAUAACAGACCAACCAGGGGAAGCUACUGUUGUGUUUGGUGGUGACACAAACCUCCGUGACGCAGAGGUGUCAGCCAUUGGAGGACUACCAAGUGGCAUAGUAGAUGCUUGGGAGCAGUGUGGGAGACCUAAAGAAGCAGAGUUUACCUGGGACAUGCGGAUGAAUGACAAUCUUGAAUGGCCAUACCCCAAAAAGCCUAAAAUCAGAUUUGACAGGAUGUUUGUAAGGCCUGGUCAGGGACUGCAUGCCUUGACGACAACUCGAUUUGAGCUUGUGGGAAUGGAAAGACUGCCUGGGUGCCGUAGGUUUCCCAGUGAUCACUGGGGCAUAUGGUGUGAAUUUGCACCAUUGUUGACAAAUUAAAGACGUUCAUUCACUUGUAGACUGUUCACAUUCCCUUAUUUUCCCAUAAGAUCGUCAAGAUUUGCAUUAGGGGGGGACGACCACCCCCUCGGUACAUCAGAAACUAAGAUGGCAGCCUGUACUGUUAAGCGCUU